UUUGACAUGUACAGAAUGACAAAUGACAAAAUGUACACAAAUAUAGGUUAUCUUGUGUUGUAAAACAUAAAUAAAGGAUUUUAAAAUCAAAGAAUAUACAUAGUUGCUUAAAUUCAGUUUUCAAAUAUGGCAUUAACAAAUAAUCAUCGGUAUUUUAUGCAAUACAUGUUAAAAAAUGGUGCAACAACGGUAAACAAUGCACAAAAAUAUUGUGACUACAUUAGUGAAGGUGAAAUUGAGAACCUGGCCCAAUUGAAAACUUUAGUAACAGAAAUUAAUAGAGAAAUAUCAAAACAAUCCUACAAAUUAGCAUUUAAUACUUGCGAAGUUACCAAUGAACCUUAUUUAAUAUGGCUUAAUACAAAAAAUGAUGAUAUAGCAAAAUUUCAGAUAAGUUAUUCUGCUCUGGAGCUUGAAUAUUUUCAUGUGAUUCUUCAAGAGAUUUUACGUUCAGAUGAACAUAGGAUAACUUUCAUUGUAUGCUUAAAUUUAACUUCUACACUUACAGCAUCUUACAGUAGAGAAAAUGGGGAACAGGUUUUAAGAAAAUGGAUUAAAAAUGGAUAUUUUAUCAAUAAGAAUCCUUAUGUAUAUCUUGGGCCCAGACUUAUAUUAGAAUUUACAGCAUAUUUAAAAACCCACUUGCCCGACUCAAUAUGUAAUUUGUGUUCUGAACUUGUAUUCUGGGGAAAAUCAUGUGAAUCAUGCUAUAAAACAUUCCAUAUAUAUUGUUUAAAAAGAUAUUUAGAAAAUCAACAUAAUUGUCCAUGUUGCCUUACUGAAUGGAUGUCAACAAUAGAAGACCACAGCACUGUUGAAGAUAAUAAUGAAAUAGAACAUGCAGCUAACAAUCAAACAGCUGAGUCUGAUGUUUCCGAUAGCAUGGAUACUGAUGACAUUAUUUCAUCUACACAAACAAGAAAUCGGAAUAGAAACGCAAGAAAAAAUAUUUCAAACAUAUCUAGUGAUGAAGACAUUAACGAACCUGGCCCAAGUACUAGAAAGCGACACAGAUAAAAUACAGUAAAGGAAAUACAAUAGUUACACAUAAUUUGUUAAGUUGUUAAUUUUUUUUAAUCAAUAGUUUUACAUAUACAUAUUUUGUAAUAAAUUAUAAACUAUUUUUGGAAUACCUAUCACCUUAAUGAGAUAAUAAUGUGUGUUUAACAAUGAAAUAUAAGAUUUUUGAAGUAAA